ACGACAAUUGCGAAUCGGAUCUUAAGAGCAGCGGUUGUGCAUGAGUCACGAUCAUCUUUCUCCGCACAUGAAUAUCCCCCCAGACUCCGUUCUCUAUGUGUCGGUUCGCCCCAGAGUGUCCAGAACUCGACUACUGCCGACUUCAGCCCGAUGAAGUAUACUGUACGACGGAAUAAUUGACGCUCGGCAACGCAUCCUCUCCUGAAGCCGAAUUAUCCCGUGGGCAUUCGCGUGUUCCGGAGUAUUCUGCGAAGAUGAUUGAGUCUAUGUCGCUGAAGAAGCUCAUAUUCUGCACGAUUUUCCUGAUUUUCGCGUGUCUAUUCAUUUUAACACUGGAAGGAAUUCUCGUCGAGUCCACGACGAAUCAUACUGUCGUUCAGGAGAAAGGCUGUUGGGAUGACGAGGACUUCGUCAUCAGAAAACCAUGCGAGCCUUGUUCUGAUUUCGAGAGAAUAUCUAAGAACAUCGCGGCCUGUGUGUCGUCAGGAUACAAAGAACUCCUGAAGUGCUCGAAGACAGGUGAAGUGUACAGAUCGUGUAGUGAUUCGGAAUUGUUGCACUUCUACAAAUUCGAAAUGUUAACGUGGCUGCUCGGCGGUCUGAGCUCUGCUUUCGUUAUAUUUCGGAAACGGACGCUGGAUAAGCGAAUGCUGCAGCGGAUACAGCAACAAGUCGCAGCGGGCGCACCCUAUUAUUAUGUCCUUUGGGAAGCUCAAUCAGGUUUCGCUUUCAGCCCGAUGGCUUACGUCUCGAAAGGAUUGUUCUGGUGCUCUGUACUCAGCCUUGUCCACUGCGGUCUGUCGGCCGCGCAGCACAAAUCGUAUCUCCGCUUGAGUGAGCAGGGAUCCUCGUUUGUGCCAUUGGACAUCGUCGUACAGACCAUCGUUUCGCUCUUCAUCGCCAUGUGGUCGACGUUGAGAAUCGCCGGAGACUUCAUGGAAGUUCGAGCGGGUGCUCAACUUCAAAAUAAGACUUUUGAAACAGUGGGAAACUGUCCCAAUUUCUAUACUUUCACUGGGAAAAACAGACCUGUGCGAAACUUAUUGGUGCAUGAAUAGAAAAGUUACUAGAUUCAUUUCUCCUGUAAAUACCGAAUGAGUGGCCUUUGGCAGUCUAUCUAAGCACAUAUUAUAUUAAAAAUUGUAAUAUUUAUGAAUAAAGUCGGGUUUCGAUGUCUCC